AUUUUUCCCUUUGCCUUCCCUAAAAAGCGAGAAUAUUAAAAAAAGCAAUGGUGUUUGCGAUUUAUUUAUUUUGAACUUAUUCCGCAAGUCACUAAUGUGAAAAAGAAAAUGUCUAAAAUAUUUACACCUGUUAAUCAAAUCCGAUUGACAAAUGUCGCCAUAGUGAGGUUGAAGAAAGGAGGAAAAAGAUUCGAAAUAGCCUGCUACAGAAAUAAAGUGGUCUCAUGGAGGAACAAAUUAGAAAAUGAUAUUGACGAAGUGUUGCAAACACAUACAGUUUUUACUAAUGUUUCUAAGGGUCAAGUUGCAAAAAAGGAAGAGUUGGUAAAAAUAUUUGGGAAAGAUGAUCAAACAGAAAUAUGUAAGGAAAUUUUGGAGAAAGGGGAAUUACAAGUUUCUGACAAAGAGAGGCAUUCACAAAUAGAAUCUUUAUUUAAGGAUAUAGCAACAACAGUAGCUGAUAAAUGUGUUAAUCCUGAAACAAAAAGGCCUUAUCCUGUUUCUAUAAUUGAGAAAGCUAUGAAGGACAUUCACUUUUCUGUGAAUGUUAAUAGAAAUGCUAAACAACAAGCCCUUGAUGUUAUACAACUAUUAAAAAAGGAAAUUCCAUUGGAAAGAGCUCAAAUGAGAGUUAGGAUAAUUAUAUCUGGAAAAGAUGCACGUAAAACGAAAGAAAAGGUGGUUAAACUUGCUAUGAGUGUAGAAGAAGAAAAUUGGGAUUCCGGCACAGCUAGUAUAAUAUGUUUGAUUGAUCCUGGUAACUUCAGGAACAUGGAUGAAAUUAUAAGAACAGAAACAAAAGGCAGUGGUCAGUUUGAACUGCUAAACUUAAAGGAGAUGGUGGAGGGUGACCAAGCUUUGUAAAAAAG